AAGAAGAAGAAGAAGAAAACGGCGACGACUCCUCCGAAUCCGAACGGGUUCUUUCCGCUUUUCGAACAAUGAUGUCUUCCUGAACCCGCUAGCUGGAAAAUUGUUAUGCAGAUACGCACAGAAUAGGUUGUGUUUAGCACUGGUUUGAUGGAUAAGGCAAUUUUCUAACGAUGCGAGCUUUUCCAAAGCUGUGAAACGACCUAACCAAACAGAACACUAAGGAAAAUUUUCGGAAACCGCUCACAUCCAACUGUUAGCCUGUUUCGAUCUCUAUAAAGAUGCCUGAGGUUCGGGACCUUUCUGAAGCUUUGCCAGAGAUGCCAAUGGACCCAAUCACUGGAGUCGGAGUAGUAGCUUCUAGGAAUAGAGCACCAACUGGAUAUGAUGUGAUUUCAACAACAACAGAUGGCCUGGAUGCUGACCUGUGGAAAGAUGGGCUUUUCAAAUCCAAGGUGACCCGAUACCUUUGCUUCACCAGAGUUUUCUCUAAAGAAAAUAGCCAUUUAGGUAAUGUUCUUGUGGACAUGAAGCUGAUUGAUAUAAAGGACACUUUGCCUGUGGGUUUCAUCCCAAUCCAGGAAACUGUUGAUACUCAGGAGCAGGCCUUCAGGAAGAGGCGACUCUGCAUCAAAUUUAUUCCACGGGACUCCACAGAGGCAGCCAUCUGUGAUAUCCGCAUCCUGGGACGCUCCAAGCAGGCACCUCCUCAGUAUACCUUUAUAGGAGAGCUCAACAACAUGGGAAUCUGGUAUCGCAUGGGAAAUGUUCCUCGGGCCCAGGACUCCACACACACACAAACCAUCAACAACACCCAGAAUGUGAAUUCCUCCAGCUCAGGAUCAGCCCCACCAGCUCCCAUGCCUAAGCAUAUUUCCAUGACCCUCCCUGCCAGCUUCAGAGGAAAAAAUACUACCAGACCAGACUAUGAGCACCAGAACUCCAACCUGUAUGCUAUUACAGCAAUGGACGGGGUGCCUUUUAUGAUCUCUGAGAAGUUUGCCUGUGCCUCAUCUGAUCUGCAGCAGGUGGAUCUGAUGGGUAUUACAAUUAAAUCACUGGCUGAGAUUGAAAAGGAGUAUGAUUACAGUUUCCGCACAGAGCAUAGUGCAGCGGCUCGCCUCCCCCCAAGCCCAACACGGACCUCUCUGAGUUCUGAGGCCUAAGCAUCUCUUAUAUGAACAACAGUCAUCUCCACACUAUAGACAGCAGCAGGAGAGAAGUGCACACAACUACUGAGAACAUACCUACAACGGGGAUAUUCAAUCUGUAAAUGAGAAGAAAAAUUCCCAUCAAAAAUUGUGGAUUUUCUAACUUCUGGGACAUGUUGUAGGCCCUCUGUGUGCUGUUGAAAUGAAAAGGAAAUGGAAAACAAUGGAAUUCAGUCAGACUUAAACUUCUACAUGGCAGAGCUGGGACAAGAAAACACAUUUUAUGCUCAUCGAGAUACUUCAGUAUCUCAGUCGAAUGACUUCAAAAAUACAUUUCUUUUGUUAAGUGAAGAAUGGUCAAGUGUCGUAUUGUGGUGGAAAAAAAUAACCCUGUCCCAUCUAAAGAUCUUGUUAGAAAUAAGAUAAAAGGAUCACACGGUACUUUUUUCAUGGAGGACUUCUGUUGCAUCUCACACCAGUCAUAUUGCCUUUUUGUUUAUAACAUGCUCUGUUCUGAAUCAAAGCGCACCAUAAAGGCACUUGGUGUGUCAGAAAAUUAAAGGAAAACUGUGAUUUUAAGUUUUGUUGUUGAGCUUGUACUGGUCUUCUUGAUGGGGAAAUGCUUCUCAUUGUUUUCUAGAUGUAUUGCCAUUUACUGGUGUGACUGUGAGUGCACUUUUGUGUUCGAGAUUGUUAUUGUGCUUCCUGAUUGCUGUAGAUAUUCUGUAAACCACUUCUCUUUCUGUGAGGUAGCAGCUUGCCUGACAGAACCAUGACUACAGCUAAUAUUCACUGUGCGGAGUAUUCACAUCAAGAUUUUCUAUUUAUACCAUACUCUAAUACCUUACUUUGCAUGCAUAUAGAUAUUUUAUUGAUACAUUUUUCCACUGAAUGAGUAACAUCGAGCAAACCUCACACAUUUUAGCACUGAUAAUUAGUCCUUAUAUCUUGACAAUAUCAUAGCUAUAUUCAUCGUUUUCAGUUUCCUUCAUCUUCAUUGGUGUUAUAUCAGAAAUGGAUGCUAUAGUAAAAGUAUAAUAUCGCAAAGAGUUUUAUUUUAGUACAUUUGUUAUGGGACGUGUGUACAGAAUUUUACACUCCUGGUCAAAAGUUUUAGAGCACCCCAAUUUUUCCAGUUUUUAUUGAAAAUUAUGCAGUUUAAUGUCUCAUUGCACUCUGAAAUGAAAGCCUAGUACAAAUAAGCAAUUGGGGUUUUAAAAAAAAGAAAAUCAUGGGAUCAAUUUAUAGACUGUAUGUAUUCUGUAUUCUAAAUUUUUCACUCAUCAAAGUAGAAACCUUUGGCAGAUAUAGGAAGAACUUUCUGAAGAAUAUAUCUGUUAAAUAAGUUCCCAUAAAUGUGUGGCACCCAAACCAGCUCGAUGGGGUUUAAGUCUGGAGAUCGUGCUAAACCCUGACCAACUAGGCGCAUACCAGAGGGUAUUGCAUGGCACUACAGAGUGCUGUGGUAGCCGUGGCCCAGGGAAGACUUUUCGUCUUAUUCUGAUGUCUUAGCAAUGACUUUCUUGCUGCAACUUGUCCUGUCUAAGCUGCAGCCUGAAGUCUUCUCUUCACGGUUGAAACUGAGACUUGCUUAUUACGAUCACUAUUAAGCUGUGCUUGAAAGGGUUGUCCUGUGAGCCGCCUAUCACGCAAGCUUGUUAACUCUCAGAAACUUGUCCUCUGAUUCAUUUGUGGCUUUGGGUCUGCCAGACCUCUUCAUGUCAGAGUUUGCCCCACUUUCUGAGUGCCUUUUGAUGGUGAAGAAAACUGUACUCAUUGACGCCUUAACUCUCUUUGCAGUUUCUCUGUAGGAAGAUGUACAUUUUGAUGGACCGUCUCUCUUCCAUUGCUAUGCCUUUUUCAAGUGAUGCUUACGAGAAUAUGGUAACACAAUGUGUUCCAAAACUGCUUUUAUGCAGACAGAGGGGGUUGGAAGUAAUCCAGAAAAGUUGGAACACCUGUAGGAGUUAGUAGCACCAGCUUUCAAGGCUUGAUAAACCUCCAUUACUGUAGAACAGCUUUAAAUUGUUACUGCAUUUUUGUUUUCCCUGAAAAAGGGCCUCUUGUAUAAUUCUGAAAUGUACAUUAUUUUUCAGUUUUGGGUAAACUCGCCGUUGGGGGGGUUGUGUUGUUGUUUUGGAGGGUUUUUUUUCUUUUUUUCUUUUUUUUUUUUAAACCUCUGGCAGUUCAUCACUUACCUUUGUUGCAUUUCAAGUUAUUCCUUGGACGUAAACCACUUGAAUUCCAAUAAAUAACUGGAAAAAUUGGGGUGUUCUUAAACUUUUGACCAUUAAUAUUAAAAUCACCUAUUUCACGUGAUGACAAUAAAGACCAACUCAGAACCAUGUGACUUUAUGGAAUUUAGACCCUGAUUAGAGUCACCACUAUAUCCAAAUAACUUUUUUUUUUUUACACUUGUCUAUAGCACUAACCACUAUUAUUAAAACCACCAGAUAAAAUAAAUAUCAGUUAGUUACUUUGGUUUUUUUCCUUCACUACCUACAUUAUACAUUGAGCCUUUGAGAUGUUUAAAGAAAAGCAGGAGAAUAAAUAGUAGGAUAUGUUUGAUGUAGAUAGGGAGGUAUUCUCUGGCCUACUGUAUUCUUAUGAACCGCUACAAAAAAGGUCAUAUUGGAAACUUUCUUUUAUUUGUAGACUAUUGCUGUUUGAUACUUUGAAUCUGUAAUACACUAAAAAGGCGUAUGUAUUUUUUUUUUUUAAAGGGAAAUUAAGUGGUCUUGUUUAUUCACUUAAUUCUCUUUGAUGUGAACAAAAUGGAGUUGAAACUAAUUGUGUGAUAAUUUAUCUCAUGUUAGUUCAGCUUAAUUAUCUCCAUGUCUGUCCUGUAAUAGAAAAAGUUUCAUGUUUCCUCAUAUCGAACAAAAUGUACACUAAUAGACAUGUGUGAUAGGCCAGUAUAAGUUGGGCUCUUAUUAUUGACCUUAUGUUCAGCCUGAACAGGUGUCUGUGAAGGUCAGUCUGUCUACCAUCUUCUUAAAACACAUGAUGUACCAUCACCGAUUAUGUAAAGAAAAUUAAAUCAGUUUUAGUUUUGCUGAUUUCUAUUUUUUUUCACAGGUCAUAUGUGACAAGAAAAAAUGUUCUGCAAUUUAUCAAGUCAUUAAAUAGAGUAACUCCU